AUGCAAGGCAUUGCCAAGACUUUUCAUCCUUUGGACCCCUUAUCGGUCGAUGAGAUCGCUACAUCUUCCAGGCUGAUUAGGGAGUAUGCGGGCACAUCUAAGCUAAAGUUCAACUGUGUCACUCUACGAGAGCCUAAGAAGAAUGAGUACGCUGCAUGGAAGUCAAAUAAGGCGCCACAGCCCGAUCGGCGAGCAUAUGCCAUCGUCCUGAAAGGGGGUUCCGCGUUGUGCGCGACGGUCAUCGUCAACAUUUCAAAUCUCAAGGUGGAGGAAUGGAUUGAUGUGGAUGAGGUGGCGCCAACCCUCACUUUGGACGACCUCGAUCAUCUGGAGUACAAUGCCAGGAAGGAUCCUCGGGUUAUUGAAGCAUGCCGAGAAAUUGGCGUCACUGACAUGUCAAAAAUCUAUAUCGAUGCCUGGGCGAUCGGAUUCGAUGACCGAUGGGGAUUUGAGCGGCGGUUACAACAGGGAUUGGUUUACUACCGCAGCUCUGCUUCCGACAAUCAAUAUGCACACCCGCUAGAUUUCACGCUGGUGGCAGACACAGAGACUGCUGAAAUCCUGAGCGUUGACAUUCGACGGGUAAAUGGCGAGCGGACACAGGUGCCGUUGGCCGAGCACAACUACCUGCCCGAAUAUAUCGGAAAUAAGUAUCAGAUGAACGUUUUGAAGCCUAUCGACAUCACACAACCUCAAGGUGUUUCAUUUGAAAUACGCGGAAACGAGAUCUCUUGGGCUGGUUACAAGAUGCACAUCGGUUUCAACUAUCGUGAGGGCAUUGUUCUCUCCGACGUCAGUAUAUAUGACCACUACCAACAACGCCAAAGAUCGCUCUUCAACCGUAUUAGUGUUGCAGAGAUGGUCGUACCUUACGGCAACCCAAACCCACCGCACCACAAGAAGCACGCCUUUGACGUCGGCGAGUAUGGUAGUGGAUUAAUGAGCAACUCUCUUGAGCUGGGCUGUGACUGCAAGGGCGCUAUCCAUUACCUCGAUGGUGUGCUCUCAACCGCAAAGGGGGAAGCGACGGUAAUCAAGAAUGCUAUUUGCAUCCAUGAAGAAGACAAUGGUCUUCUUUACAAGCACACCGACUUCCGUGAUGGAGGGGUCAUCUCGGCUCGUGACCGCCGGUUGAUCAUAUCGCAAAUCAUCACAGCCGCAAACUACGACUACGCAUUCUAUCACAUCUUUUCCUUGGAUGGUACUUACAAGUUGGAGAUGAAGCUAACCGGAAUGCUGAACACGUACUGCAUGCAUCCUUCGGAGACGGCUUCUCCGUUUGGAACGGAGGUGGCGCCCAAGAUCACUGCCCAUAACCACCAGCAUAUAUUUUCCCUACGUGUCGAUCCCGCUAUAGACGGACCGAACAACUCUGUCGUGCAGAGCGAUGCCGUUCCUUCAGAGGAGCCGGUUGGAUCACCACAGAAUUAUUACGGCAAUGGCUUUUAUAGCCAAAAGACACCUCUGCGGACCGCAAAGGAGGGUGCCGCUGACUACUGCCAUGAGACGAGCCGGUCCUGGGAUAUCAUUAACCCCAACAAGCUCAAUCCCAGCACCAAAAAGCCGAUUGGCUACAAAAUUCUGAACAACAACUGUCCACGACUCCUGGCCCAGCCAGGUAGCAUGGUCAGCGAGCGCGCCGCCUUCGCCCGGAAAGCUCUUUGGGUUGUUCCGUACAGGGACUAUGAACUAUACCCUGCCGGUGACUUUGUCUGCCAGUCCACGGGCAAACACGGCCACCAGCACAAUCCGACCAUUGUCGAUUGGGUAUCGCGGGGCGGGUCCAUUGAGAACACAGAUAUUGUAUGCUACAUGCAGUUCGGACUUACCCACUUCCCGCGCACCGAGGACUUCCCGAUCAUGCCCGCGGAGCCCGUUAGCAUCAUGAUGCGUGCGUCGAGCUUUUUCGAGAAGAACCCCGCCUUGUGGGUACCGGCGUCGUCCAUUACAAAGGACCAGACUUCUAAGAACGCUUUCUCUACGUCGACGCCAAAUUGCUGUGAAGGCAAUGCAAAUUCUCUUAGUGCAAAAUUGUGA